AGUCACUUCAGUGGCUCUGGCCACGAACAGCAGCCAACUAGCUAAAUAUGUGUGUGAAAUGAGGAGUCAGCAUCACAUCAUAUGUUUGGAUGAUUCUCUGAGGAUGUCAGCUUCACGGAUGAGGCGAUUGAUGAGUGUUUCUGUCGCAGACCCAAACAGACGAUGAGAGUUGACAGCUGCUUCUCUCCAGAGAUCCAUGGCUCUUGGUGAUGACUCUUCCUGCUAUGGGGCACUCAUGAACAAGGCGUCUGCUCGCUGCGGGCGGGAGUAUGCUGACUGCCUGUCAGCAUGACGCCGUUGGACCUGUGGCUGUCUCGCUCCAUCCCCAUGUGUCUGCUCCUACAGAGCUUGGUGCUCAUGGUCCUGUGCUUUCCGUCUGCAAGCACCUGCCCCAAGGGCUGCACCUGCCAGCGUUCUGAAAGCCCCCCUCACGGGCUCAACGUCACCUGUAGUCUAUCACGCUUGAAGGAGAUCCCACCUGAUGUCCCGUCAGAAACUCAACUGUUGCAACUGGACCGGAAUCAUAUAUCGCUGGUGCCCGAUCGCAUCUUCCACGGCUUAAGGAUGCUCCGGAGGCUUAAUCUAUCACAUAACGCCGUGGAGACGCUUGGAGAGGGGGCGUUUAUCGGUUUGGAGGGAUCUCUUGAAGUGUUGGACCUGUCCCACAACCGCAUUACUAGUGUGCACAAGGAUGCAUUUGCACGGUUGAAGGCGCGUGUGAUUGUGGACAAUAACCCUUGGCACUGUGAUUGCGCCCUUCAGCAGGCACUUGGCGGCAUGUCGCACAAUCAUGAAGCCGCAACGCGUGUGCUGUGCCGUAGCUCGGAGCUUAGGGACCAGGAGGGCCAGCCGUUUCUUGCCGUAGACGCAGACUUGUGCAACCUUGCGAAGCGGACCACCGACUACGCCAUGUUGGUGACCAUGUUCGGCUGGUUUGCGAUGGUUAUUUCGUACGUUGUUUACUAUGUACGGCAGAACCAGGAGGAUGCAAGACGACACCUUGAGUACCUGAAAUCACUUCCGAGUAAACCCAAGAAACCGGACGAACCAGAGGACAUUAGCACGGUCGUGUGACGUUGCAAAGCAAGAGGACGUUCAAACCACCCGGUCGCAAUUCCAGAGACUAAUCCCAGGAUGUUGAUAAAUUGACGCAAAUGGUAAAUGUCGUCCAACGUACUACACCUGUCUUCUGUUUUCCAAUAUGCUUUCCUGUUUCUGAGUGUAUAUUUAGAACACUUUGUGAUACACUUCCAACCCUGUGUCCUUCUGGGAAAGUCUUUUACUUCUAGUUGGCAUUUAAAUAAUCCUGGAACAGGUUAAAUGUGGGCAAGGAGGAGGCGGGAACUGGCUGAACAGUCAAAGUAAUAUUUAAUUUAAACAAAAAGACACAAAGAUAUACACACGGCAGCUGCAUGUGGCUCUCUCUCUCCCGAACUGCCACCAUCCGCUGCACUUAUCCCUCUCCUCGGCUGAUUAGACACGGCCCAUCCCUGCCCUUCUUCUUGUCACAAAUCCCUUAAAAAUGGUCAGAACCCACCAUUCAAGUGAGAACCUUUCUUCAGGCAUAUUGACACGAGUAGUUUUCUACAGUAACUAUUAACUAUCAAGCAAGACACAUCAUAAAAAGAGCGGCAAUUGCGCUAAUGACCAGUACAGGUAUUUUGAGAAAUUACAUCUCAGGUGCAAAUGUUGGUAGACUCCAAUGAUUUGUAAAAACCCUACAAAUGUUUUGAUGCUAAGUUUUGUAAGACAAACGAUAAUCACGGCAUGUCAAAAAUGCACAUUAGCCACGCGCGGCAAUCAUUUUACGACCUUUAAAAUACGUAACUUACCCUUUAUUAGCAAAAUGACGUAAAAUGCAUUGUUUCUUCCAACAUUCGGAAACUAUUAAUGUGAUCCUGUGCAUUUUUAUAUGAUUUCCGAAAUCUUUGUUAAAUUGUGAUUGUUGAAAAUGUAGAGCACAAGAGUGCUGGUAACAUUACUUGUGAGGCUCUUUGUUAAUGUCGUAAGUCACCGUGCGUAAAAAGGCUCGUGAGCCCAGUGCUAGUCAUCUAUCGUGCAAGAUGGUUUCAAUGACUAAUGUGUUUUCGUGACAGAAAUUAACCUUAAGUAAAGCUCCACCCCUGAAACCAAUCUUGUUCAACCUUUGAUGUCCGCAAUACCUCUCGAAUUAAGAGGUAAAUUAUGUAAUUAAACUAGUUGAGGGGCGUUGGCAUCCCCUGCCACUCUGAGCAAUCGUGGCAGGGCUGCCAGCACUCAGUGAUAUUAUUGUGUGUGUACAGUAAUGUGCCAGGCCAGCUAUGAGCAGGAAAUUACAGCUGUCACUCUGUCACUGCCCUCGAUCUUAUGGCUGGCAGCCAAUUCAGCAAAGCGAAGCCCCAAGAGAACCAGAAGAGAGAUGUUAGGAGAAAAGAGAGGAAAUAAUAACAGGAUGUUGGUUUUUCUCAUUCUGCAUGGAAAGGAAAUCAGGGCCCUUACAAAAAGGAAGUGUGGUGGUUGCAUGGUAUAGUAAUAGUUUCAGAUGGCAAUACCAUGGUACUGAAUGAUCAUACUUUUCGUAUAUCAUGGUAUUUACAUGGAACUCCAAUUUAACUUAUCACCAUAGUACAAAAUACUGAAUGACUAUGAUUUUCAUAUACAGUACCAAGGCAUUGAAAAGAUACCCCAAGGUGCUUUAAAGUAACACCAUGAUGCAUGUCCAAAAACAUGGUAUUACCAUGGUAAAUGCACCAAAUGCAAUGGUACCAUUUCUAAAACACAUGGUAAUGUACUGAAUGAUUCAGAUUUUCGUAUAGGCAUUUAGUUACUCCAAAUGGUCUCUACUUAUGUAACUAAAUGCACCAAAUUACAUGGUACAGAAUGCACCAUAAAUGCACCAAAUACCAUAUGUCCAGAAUACCUUGGUGUAUCCACAAACAUGGUAAUAAUUGACUAAACCAUGGUAUUUACAAGGUACCCCAAGCUGCUUCAAACUGUCUUAGUUAUACCAUAGUGUAUAUCCAGAAUACCAUGGUAAAUGGUCUACACAUAUAUAGCGCCUUUUUAACCUUAAUGGUAUUCAAAGCGCUUUACACUGUGACUCAUUCACCCAUUCACACACACUCACACACCAAUGGCGGCAGAGCUGCCAUGUAAGGUGCUAGCCUGCCAUUGGGAGCAACUUGGGGUUCAGUGCCUUGCCCAAGGACACUUUGGCAUGUGGAGUCAUGUGGGCCGGGAAUCGAACCGCCAACCCUGCGAUUUGUGGCCGACCCGCACUACCAACUGAGCCUCAGCCGCCCCCAGUAUAUACACUAUGGUAUAUACACUAACAUGGUAAUACUAUGGUACUGAAUGAGUAUGGGUUUCAUAUACCAUGGUAUUUACAAGGUACUCCAAGCUGCUUCAAAAAAAAGUUGGAAAGACAUGGGAAUAUCAUGGUGCUGAAUGAUUCUGAAUUUUAUUUUCCAUGGUAUUUACUAGUAACUCCAAGGUGCUUCAAAGAAUACCACGGUAUUACCAUAGUUCAUGUUCAAAAACAUUGGUAUUGCGAUGGUAAAUUUGGACCAUGUAUUGAAUUGUCAAUUAGUACCAUUAUGAUGGUAAAUGUCUAAAGUACCAUGUUAUUUCCAUGGUACAAUGCACCCCAAAUAUUCCCCCUAACUGGGGGUUUUUCUUCUCCUCCAUUUUUUCUUGUUUUUAACCAAACGGUGAUUACAUUUGAAGGUUAUUGCGGUAGUAAUUAUGACAUAUGAUCACAGAUAUAACAUUGGUUCAUCAGAACGCUUCAGUGUUGACACAGGGCUUGUCGUUUGCGUAGGAAGGUACCUGAAAUCCCUUUAAAGAUUCGUGUUAGAAUGUACUAAUCUAGACUUGCCUUGUCUAACUGUGUUUGUUCACGCUUUAUUGUGCUGCGAACGAAAGAGCCGUUUUCACUGCUGUGUCUCCACAGAGAAGCACGCUGUAGCCAAGGACAGGGGGAGAGAUUUUCUAAGUGCCUGAAAUACUCGUCUAUCAGUCUCUCAUUCUUCCAGCUACCGAUAACUUUGCUUUGAAACGUUCUGUUCAGUGUUGGCUAACUCAAGUCUACCGGCCCAGAAACGGGACACGACUUUAUUGCACAAAGAUAAAGGAAACUAAUGAAGUUGGUAACGGAACAAUCGUUGUUUUGGUGUUUAAAGUGACACUGAUAUGUGAGGUUAUUAUUGCACUUUCACAUGAGUCGCGUCAAGGCUUUAGUGUACCUCUCGACACAAGCGUCAAGCACUUAAGAACUUAAGAUAUGCAGAAGAUCAGCCUUUUCUCUGUCUUGUUUUCUUUCUACGGCAAAACCAUCCACAUAAAGAUGCAUCAUACUAAUAGUUCGAAAGCUUGUAAAGCCAUGGCAAAAGGGGUUGCAACAUGGCACCAGAGGUAACUAACCAGGCACACCACAGUUGAGCAACAGGCGAGAUCUCUUCCAUGUAAAUCGUUGUUUUUGCCCUAAAAGAAAUUGCAUCUAGCAACAGGACUAUUGCGUCGCUCUGGGUAGCCCCGUCCACAUUGCUUCAAAACCACUGUAUUGAUUGGAUGCAAUUAUGUCAAUUUAAUACUAACUAGCUGGGAUAUCAGAACAGGUAAUAUUUCGGAUUGGCGCUUCGCUCCAUACAGUUCAGAGCAUUGGGAAACAUUGACGCAAAUCAUGUGAAAGAAUGUAUAGAGCUGUGUCAUGUGUUUCUGCCCAUGUUAUAUACGUUUGUUUGUUUUUUAAGGUGAUUUCUUGAUGUAAGUGUGUAAUUGUUUUUUAUGCUUGGAAUACAUGAAACUGUCAAACAAGUUACUUAUCAUGAAGAGGUAAAACUGGAGAGCAACCAGUGGUACGUCACAUUGUAAACGCAUGAUGUAGAGAAAACGAAAUAAAAGAUUCAUUCACACUGU